AUGGAGACCCGAUCAUUUGAUAGCGCAUCUCCGGCCCAUCAGCCGAUCGCCAAACAACCCGCAUGUCUCAAUUGUCGCCGGAGCAAGAUCCGAUGCAACCGUCCAGCGGGCCACUCCCGUUGUGAGAAAGGCCGACAGGGAGAUGUGGACUGCGUUGUUCCCAGUCACCAUCUAGGCCGCCAGAAGGGCGUCAAAAACAAGCGCAAGGGCCUAGAAAAGGCCAUACAUCAGAUUGAACAAGCAAUCAAGAAGCCAAAAGUCGACCCGUCCAGUUCAGAAGAGGCAGAGAAAGCCAUUUCAGGCCUACAGGAAUUACUGCGUCAAUUCCAAGGCCAGCUAAACAGCAGUGCUGAUGACAGCACAAAUGGCGUCGAUCAUGACCGCGAUGGAUUGUCUCCACGUGGGAUGACUGCAGAUGAGACUUUGACUCUGGACGAUGCAGAGAAUCCCCUCCAGCUCCUGGCGAGGGCUUCAGAUCUGCAAUACUCUCCGACCAUGACUCGUCAUGUAGUAAAACAAGCAGUACCUGCUGCCCACCAGUCGUUGUCAGCACCACACGAGAGUGACAGUGCGGGUGAAACGAGCGCGAAAUCGUUCUUUGUACCCGUGCAAGCCAAUCUAGAUGUCGGGUCCAAUUUGGAUCCGAUAGAUUUAGGGCUGGUCACGUUUGACGAGGCCAAUUCGUUAUUUUCCUUUUUCUAUCAAAAUCUCGCUCACACCCGAUGGGGGCUGGAUCCCCUUGUACAUACGGCAGCUUUUGUACGGUCGCAGUCGGCAUUUCUAUUUACCUCAAUUAUGUCUGGGGCGGCUCUUUUUUUACCAUCCGCGGCUGCCUUGUCUAGAAGACUAUCUCGACACUGCAGAUGGCUUGCAAAGCAGAUAACUUCACGUCGCUACCGCUCGGUCGAGAUUGUUCUUGCCUUCAUGGUAAAUGUGCCGUGGAUGGCACCUGGAGAAAGAUUAGGUGAUGACGACACUUGUGCAUAUAUAGCCAUGGCACUAGCCGUGGCGCUCGAUCUUUCAUUGAACAAGAUUGUCACGUCUGUGUCACCGGAAACCGACCAGUAUACUCUCCAACGCUAUGGCCGAGGCAAUUGCAUUGAUGCAAAACGUGCACUACACAUGGAUGGAUUCACUGACGUUGAUCCUCGCUCCGAAUGGGGUCGCCGCUUGUUGCGACGGCGUGAGAGGACCUGGAUUGCACUGUUUGUGGUCGAGCGAGGGGUGUGUCUUGCCCGUGGAAGAAGCUACACCGUGCCCACAACCGCUUUGAUCGAAAAUUGCGACACAUGGCAUCAGUCAGAUAUCGCCGACCGGCGCGACGGGCCGAUGAAUUCAAUGGCUGUCCUGCGUCGAGAUCUAGAUGGGCUUCUGAAAGAUGUCAAGUACAGUUGCGAUAAAUAUCGUACUAUUGAUACCGGCUCGGGAAUGGCGCAAACGAUCAAAGCAAACAUCGAGAGUUUCUUCGAACGAUGGUAUACCAAGUGGUCCCUUGCAAUCAGCGAAGGGGGCCCACGAUCGCUCCCGCCGUAUGUCGAAAUUCUUGUGACCCAUACUCAAUUGUCUACUUAUGGUGGUGUCAUCAAUCAUCCAACAGCACUGGUGGAAGUGAAGCGUUUCUUCCGCGCAGCGGGUCUAUCUUCUGCAUUGAAUGUACUCCGAGCUGCCAUCCAAGGCGAAUCGCGACUCAAAUCGAUGCCGAAUAACACCGUAAUCAUGAUCUCCUAUGCUGCAUGCGCUGCGCUCAGUCUAAGUGUGACGCCCGGUGACAGCCGCUCAAGCCUCGCGCCUAGUGUCCGAACGCUGAUUGAGGAGGCCGCCGGCGUGCUUGAGAGGAUAGGCGCGACCCCCAGUCAUCGUAACGGCGCAUCAGUUCUAUACGGGCGAUUCCUGCGUGAACUCAUUCGUCGCGGUCCACCACUACCCACAUCUCGUCCUCACACCGAAAACAGACCACUAGACCUGCCCCAAUCCUCAGCUCCAACGGUUUGUCUCCCCGAACAAGGGCCUUUGCUGACAGCUCCGGCGGGAAUGCUUCUACCUGUGUCUUCAACAGGCGACCUUUGGUCAGAACCGAUGCAUUUCUCAGCCAUGUCGGACAAUCAAAUCAUUGACGCGGUCAAUCGUGCUGGAAGUGCAUUUGGGACCUCUAUUCCAGAUGUACCGGUAGAUGAUAUGUUAAGCUGGGAUUGGCUUGAUUUUGCGACUACGGAGUUUUCUCUCUGA